AUGGGCGUCAAAGGCCUGCAUUCGUACCUCGAGCGGAAGCUGAGCGCCGACGCGUACCGGCUGCCACUCUCGGAGCUUCCGCGUCGCACCGGCUCGGACGUCGUCGUCGUGGACGGCAUGGCGCUCAUCCGCCGGCUGUACCCGAUGGACUUCGACUGGGUGGGCGGCGGCCAGUUCCAGGCGCUGUACCUGUCGGUCGGCGAGUUUGUGCGCGCGUGGUCCGCCGCAGGCCUCCGCCUCAUCGUCUUUUUCGACGGCGGCGUCGACGAGGCGAAGCUGAGCGAGUGGCUCUCGCGUCGCUCGCGCGACCUAGCGACGUGCGAAAAGGUUGCCGCCGCGGUGUCGCGCGGCGAGGCGGUGCGCGCGAGCUCGUCGUGCUGGGUCCCUCCGCUCUACGUAUCCAAGUGGAUCGGCGCCGCCUUCCGAGCACACGGCUGCCGCGUCGUCUACACGGCGGGCGAGGCGGACCGCGCCAUCGCCGCGCACUGCGUCGGCCGGCGCUGCGCGGGCGUACUUGGCAAGGACUCGGACUUCUUCGUCCUUCCGGUGCCGCUCUACCUCGCGCUCGACUCGCUGCGCGAGCGCGGCGCGACGCCGUCCGUGGCCGUCCUCGAGGCGCUCGGCGUGCCGGAGGGCUUGCUGCCGCUCCUCGCCUCCCUCGUCGGCAACGACUUUGCGUCGCUGAGCGCUCUGCACGGAGCGCUACUGCCCGGCCGACAUGCGAGCGGAGGCCCGCUGAUUGAGGCCGUCGGGGCGGAGCUGCGCCGCGCCGCGGGCGCGGUUUGUUGGGACGGAUCUGGGGCGCCGCCGCUGCAGCUGUGGGAGGAGUUGGGCGGCGGCGGUGGUGCGGUUCUGGACGCGGUGGCGAGGGGGAAGGCGCGCUGCAGCCUGCUGCUGGCCGCUCUCGCGCGCGCGUCUGGCGGAGACGCCGCGCUCGCCGGCCUCGACCCCGCCGUCGUGAUUGCCGCUGGGCCGCCGGUGCUAGCCGCGCUGACUCUCCGCUUCCUGCGGCUCCUGGCCGCCCUCGGCCCGCUCGCCUCCGGCUCAGACGACGCGGCGAGGUUGGGGGAGACGUGCGCCGAGGCGGCGCGGCUGUGGGCCGAGGCGGGCGCCACUCUGGGGUGA